AGCGUCGCGCCGCGACCGCAGCGCUUGAUAAACACAGUAAUGUCGAACUAUCCACUGAUGAACAACAUCUGACGUCAUAUCAUUACAUAUUAUAGUCACUAUUACCAAAACCACAUAUACAUAUUUUCAUUACAAUACUAAACACAAGUCAGAUCAGCCAGUAGAUCCGUUUGUAACUUAAAUCGGUCGAUUUUGUUGUCCUGCGAGAAGAACUUUACAAGAUUAUAAUCUCCAGAAGCUUCUAGGGUGACCAAUUUCGUUACACUUUACAGAAUAUCUUGCAUGCUUGGAUAAUACUGAUAAUACUGUUGUAAUACAGAGAAAAGCUCACUCACAGGUACGAAAUUCAUUGAAAUUGCGACAAUAAAAAUAUUGCGACAACAAUAAUAUUACGACAUUAAAUAAUAAGUUAAAUCGUUCAGGUAUUAUACGAUUGAUGCACCCUAUAAUUAUAUGUUUUCUUCAGUGGCUGGUAUUUAUAUUGUUCAUAGACUUAAACAAUAUAAAUUAUUCACCACGAAGUACCUAUACGUGGAAAACACAAAGACAUUGUACUACUUCAUUUGACGUAUCUGAAAAUGUGUACAAUCACAUUUAUUCAUCUUUUAAAAUCGAGAAAAUACUUGAUGACGGUCUCGACAAUCUCGAUAAAAUACUUGAAGAGUUGUCGAUGGCUCACGUUCAAAUGGAAAAGAGUUUGCAAGUGAAGCUCACGAAAGUAAUGAAGAAGAUCAUGCGCUACAAGAUAAAAAAUGUAAUGAUAGUUUGGCUAUCUAAAUUUACAUUUGUCAUCCAUUAUACCUUCCAUAUUCUAUGUUGCUUCCUAAUAGCAAUUAUCACAGGAUUUAUAUUCGGCAGAUAUAACAGGAGGAGGGUUACUUAGACAAGAAGAAAAUUCGAAAGAAGGAGUGUGAUUUUAUAAUUUUACAUGUACUAUGGAAGUUCAUCGCACCUAUUUUUACAAAAUUACUUGUUUUUACAAAUCGUCUUUUUACAAAAUAGCUGACGUGCACUUAAAUCCGCGGCGCACGAUGCUCAAUUCUCUGUUGUGAACGGAGAGCGACAUAAUUUCGAGCAACAUAUUAUUGGCAACAUAUUUUGCGCGUGCUUCCUCACAUGCAUUAAUCAGUGUAUCAGAAGCAAUCACAUGCUCGAAUUACAUUUGUGUAUUUAAAUAUCACAUCGUGUUGUGAUAAUGUUAUACGCGAAAUAAUGGAAGUUGUCGUUUUGGAAAUUAUGCGCUCCAUGCACUAGAGAAUCGAACAUCGUGUGCCUCGGGCGUUGCGAACAAGUGCUUGAACUUACGACAAAAUCUGUAUAAUAACUCUUUAAUGAUACUUUAUCGUAAUUAAUCGUAAUUCUCAAUUUGCAAGGAAACAAUGUAUGUAAUACCACUAUGUAAUACACUAUAAAAUUCAAGAGCUGGUAUUAUAAUACUAUUAUAAUAAAUUUGUUUAGUAUUUUGUCGAUGGCUUCAUCGUAAUUAUACAAUUUCCAAUUUGUGUAUGAAAAUAAUUAGUAUAUAAUUACUGUAUUAUAUAGUGUAUUUAUAUAUAUAAUAAC